AUGCAGGUGAAGCCGCCGACCUGCGGGGGAAUGGCCUGGAGUCCUAUUCUCUCGGGAGACCUCCCUCCUCCCACUCACUCCGGGAAAGCUCUCCCCUUCCCGGUAACCCAGAAGACCGCGGCGCCGCCGCCUACCGCGCGGCGGCGGGCGCGCCAGGCCCCUCCCCCGCCCCGCCCCGCGGCUCUCACACCGCCCCCUCAGCCGGGACUUCCCUCCCGCCCUCGGCUCACGGCCGCGCUCUCUCCGCCCCUCACUGCGGCCCGCAGCCGCGCUCCCCGCCGCGGUCCGCCCGGCCCGACGCCCGUUAGUGCCCGGCGCCCGCUCGCGGCGCCGCCGCGCGACCCCUGCCCGGUGCGAGCCCGCCCUGCCCCCCGACACUUGACCCAGCGCAGUCCCAACGCCCAGUGCGGCCGCCCCGGGAGCCGCGGAGCGGCGGCGGCGGCGGCGGCGGGGGGAGGAGGGAGAGGAGGGCCGAGCCGGCGGCCGGGGAGGCCCGGUGAGUACGCGGAGGGCGGGCCGCCUCGCGGGGGGUUAGCUCCGGCGCCCCUGAGGCAGUGGUGGCUGCCCGGCCGCGCCACUCAGGGCGCCCGGGCUCGGCAGUUGGGGACUCGGCCUGAGGCGACGGGCCCCGCUGGCCGGAGCCACUGGGCAGAGUGCGCGGGAGGGCCGCUCCUCAGGAAGGCCCUCGGCGCCCAGCUCGGGGGCGGCGGAGAGGGACCCGCGCCGACCCCAGGCCCGGGCGCACCGGCGGUGCCUGCGCCUCCCGAGAUCCCGCGGGGGCCGGGCCAGGGGGCGACCGCGGUCGCGGGGCCGCCGAGUGACAGGUGCCGCCGCCCCCUCCCCGCCGCGGGCAUCGCUCUCUCUCCCGGGAAGCCAGGCGCUCGGAAAUUUCUGGAGCAACUAACCCGACUCGCUCUUUUUCUCCGUUGCAGGUUUUGA